AAACAGCGGCAAGAAGAAGCAGCAUUCAACACGCGGUUUUUUUAACUGCAUGUUUAUUAAACUUUUGUUAGUUUAAAAAUAUAUAAUUAUGGUUCAGAAUAAGCAGAAAACAGCAAAGCCACCAAAGCUGCUAAAAGGCGCAGCAAAGGAGCCUGCACUUUCGAAGGCGGAAAACUGGCAGAAGGUGAAAAUCAAGGGCCACGUGAUAUCCGAUGAUUGUGGCGGCUACGAGGGAUUAAUUGGUCUGGAGGUCCUCAAGGACUACGAUGCAUCGCUGGUGAAGUCCUCGCAGAAGAGGACCACAUCUCGGAAUCCAGACAGAGAGCGCACGCUGAAGAAGAAAAAGAGGAAGGUGUCGAAGGGCGACGAGCAGGAAUCCAGCGAGAGUUCCACCGAAUCUGAAAGCGAGGAUGAAGUAGCGGUCGCUGCCAGGACCAGUAAGAAAGCCCGCCUGGCCGAGCGACAUGCGCAAAAAAUGCAAAAACUACGGGAGAAGCGUGAGAAGCGAAAGGAGCUGCGGAAACAGAAGAAAUCGAAGGGAAAGGAAAACGACAACAGCGAGGAAUCCAGUGAUGAACACGCGGCAGAUCGUUUCGCAUUGCUCAGACCACCACCAUCAGACGACGAAGCAGAAGAAGUGGCCAAGGCGGAAGAUUCGGCAGACCAGCAGGAGUCGAGCGACGAAGAGGCACCCGAAUUAGUGUCCAUCCCCACGGACGAAGCCGAAGAUGUGUCCGCCUGGAACGGCCUGGGUGUUCCCGCUUCCAUUCUGCGUGCCCUCGGCGAGCAAGGCUUCAAGACGCCCACACAAAUCCAGGCACUUACUCUGCCGGCUGCCAUCCACGGCAAAAAGGACAUUCUUGGAGCAGCUGAGACGGGCAGCGGAAAAACCCUGGCCUUUGGCAUACCCAUGCUCGCCGGAAUCAUGGAGCUGAAGCAAAGGAAUAUUCGCUCUGGCAUACGCAAAGCGCCCAAGGUGAAGGGACAGCAGCCGGAGCCAGCGGCAGAUGAGCACGAGCUGACGCCCCCGCCGGAGGAACUGGAUCAUGUUUCCGGUGCCAGUGAUGAGGAGAGCGAUGCGGAGGAGCAUACCCAGCGUGUGCAGACUCCCCUGUACGGUCUGGUUCUCACACCCACCAGGGAGUUGGCCGUGCAGGUCAAGAAUCACCUGGUGGCCGCUGCAAAGUAUACAGGCAUUCGAGUGGCAGCCAUCUUCGGAGGUCUAGCAGUUGCGAAACAAGAACGAGUGCUUCGCCAGUGCCCGGACAUCGUGGUGGCCACACCUGGUCGCCUCUGGGAACUCUACGCCCAGGGUAAUCGACAUUUGGGCAAGAUCGAGGAUGUCAGUUUCCUGGUCAUCGACGAAACGGAUCGCAUGGUAGAGAAGGGACACUUCGAAGAGCUGCGCAGUCUACUCAAGGUUCUCAAUUCGGACGAACAGAAGAAGCAUCAGCGCCAAAAUUUUGUUUACUCGGCCACUCUGACGUUGGUCCAUGAUCUGCCCGAUCACAUGCAGAAGCGAAAUGUGGGUAAGCGGCCCAAGUUUGUGAAACAGACGGUGGAUCAGAAGAUUGAAAGUCUCAUUGAGGAGUUGGGCAUUUCCCAGCCGAAGAUUGUGGAUAUAACCAGCUCGCAGCAGACCGCACAAACAUUGACCGAGAGCCGUCUGCUGUGCCCCAUUGAUCACAAGGAUUACCAUCUUUACUAUUUCAUUCAGCGCCAUCCAGGACGCACUAUUGUUUUCUGCAAUUCCAUAGACUGCGUAAAACGACUGGCCACGCUCUUCGGCCUGCUGGACUGCAAUCCUCUACCCCUGCAUGCCAACAUGAUCCAGAAGCAGCGUCUGAAGAACCUGGAGCGAUUCCGUGACAGUCCGACAGGUUUGCUGAUAGCCACUGACGUGGCUGCUCGUGGCCUGGACAUACCGAAUGUGGAGCAUGUGAUCCACUACCAAGUGCCGCGCACCAGUGAGAACUACGUACACCGAUCGGGACGCACAGCACGAGCGAAUAAGCAUGGCAUAACAGUCAUGUUCAUGGAGCCGGGAGAGGUCAAGAGCUAUGUGAAGCUGUACAAAACAUUGGAGAGAACUGAGGAUCUGCCGCUUUUCCCCAUCUCGGAGCGUUUUCUGGGAGCGGUCCGCGAGCGUGUGAAUCUGGCGCGAGAUCUGGACAAGGAGGAGCUGAAGCUGAAGCGCGUGCAGAGUGAGCGCGGCUGGAUGAAGAAGCACGCUGAGGAAAUGGACAUGAUCAUUGAUGGCUACAAUGACGAAUCUGGCAGUGACCAGGAUGAGGACCCCUUUGUGAUUGAGCGACGUCGCAAUCGGCUGCGCGUGGAGACGGUCAGAGCCCAGCUUAAUGCCCUGCUGGCUCAGCCCAUCUUCCCCAGAGGCUUCAGCUUCAAGUAUCCCAACAGCGAGGCGACCCAAUUAGCCACAAGUCAUACUCAAAGCGCCGUGGAGACCAUGAAGGCGGCCAUAGAAGACCAGAAGCAGGCCAAAAAAGAUCGCAACAAGCGAAAAAGGAAUGCCUAAUCUAACUUAAAGCUGUUUUAUUGAAUAAGAGAUACAAAGUUAACGCCUUGGAUGUUUCCAUCAAUGCUUUGAAACGAAGUAUCGCACACCUCCAUCGGUCAAUGAGCGAGCGUGCUUGGCCAGCAGUGUGGAAACGGACAAGUUUGGGGUGGUAAAGCACCUAGUUAUAAAACCGAAAAUCAAAAACAAUA